GAAGUGGCGUUACGUUCAAAAUCGACACAGUGUACAGAGAAUAUUUUCAUCUUGAAAUGUAAUUUAUAAUUUAAAUGUAGUUUGCUGAUGGCGAAUGGAGAGAGACAAUAAAGGAAAUUCGCGAACAACGAAAUAGUGCUAGACAAAUGGUUUAUCAACGAGGAAAUCAGAGGGACGGUUCCCCGCAUUAUGUCUUUUUAUAUUCCGACGAUGAGAACAGUGGAAAUGAAGAUAACAUUCCUCUACAGUCAUGUACUAAGGUUAAAUCAUUACCACGUAAGGUGGAAGUGAUAAAUGUUCAAUUGAAUUCAGAGGAUACCCUGCAAGCUUUAGCAUUGCGGUAUAGAUGCACGAUAUCAGAGUUGAAAAGGAUUAAUAAGAUUCAUAAAGAGAACGAAAUAUAUGCUAGGCGUAUUAUAAAAGUUCCCAUCCAACCAUUCUCUAUACUGACUGAGACUUUAGAACAAACUCAGAGCGGACCAGCAGAUCGAAGUGAAGUAAGUAUACCAUCACUCGAUGAAGAGGCAAUAAAUACAACCACCAAGGAUCCAUUACUAGGUUCUGCAAAGAAUUCAGUUGUAAACGAAUUACCAACAGCAGAGAUUAAUACAAUUAUAUUAAAUUCAGUGUGUGAGCCUUUAUCAUCGUAUAAUAGUAACAAUUCAUUAGAUAUUGCUAGCUCAGAAUGUGACCAAUUACUUGCUUCAACAGAAACCACUUCGAAUACCUUUCAUUUAAUAGAUACGUUUAAAUGCUCUGGAGAUGAUUGUGGGUUAUCCUGGACACAGCUUCUUGGAUUUUCAUUAUUAUUAGGUUUUGCAGGCCCUAUUAUAUACAUACUUUACAUAACCGAAUUUUCAUCCAAGAGUCACUCAGUUACUAAUCACUAGUAAUGCUUUAACUAAAAAAUACGUUAUUGUUACUAUGAUACAUAUGUUGCUAGAUUCACAAGGUUUGCAAUAAUAGUGUAACAUUAUACAUGACCCAGGAUAUUUUUAGUCAAAAUUAAACUAUACAACUUAUUUCUAGACUUUGAAAUUCAAAGUUGUGUUAUUUUUGAGUACAAGUGCAAUAUGUAUUCAAUGCUUAGAAGAUAUUCUUAAUUUAAAUAUUUUUUUAAAUACAUUUUGCUCAUCCUUGUAGGAGAGUACAUUGUCUCGAAUAAGUGAGAUUACCUUUAAAUACGAAUUCAUUGAAAAAACUAAAAAUACUAUAUUCUUAAAUUAGAAGUAUAUAAAUAAGGUUCAGUUUUUAUCAAAAUGAAACUAAUGUUAAAUAGUAUGAUAUAUAAGUUAAAGUGCCUUUGUGAUUAUCUGUUUCACACAGUAGUAUUAGUUAGAAAAGACGCGAAUGUUUAUGCUAUUGCAUGUGUGAAUAUAUUCUAUUAAACAGGGAUUGCCAAAGAUAUGCCCAUUGGCAGUUGAGCUAUCUGUGAGAAUUUCGUACAGGAGCUUUAAAGGAUGUAUAUAUUCCUUUUUAAAUCUUGAGAAUAAGAUUUCAUAAACACUUUUUCUACUAUCAACAGCACUAAGCAUAAACAUAUUAAUACUAUAUACUAUUUGUGAUGUAAUCGUACAUUUUAUAUCUUUAAUAUUGUUAUUACUUUGACUAAGUAUAAAAGUGUAAAUUUGACAAUAAGCAAUUUAUCGAGCGCCUUUUGAAGUUCUGUAAAUUAUUCUUUUGAUAGUAACUUUCU